AUGCUUCGAGAGCUCGCACUGAGCCAGCAAGUGAUGUUGCCUGGUUCGGACGCCCAGGCUGUGGACGACGAGUCUGUUCCGAAGAGUGCCAAUUUGAGGUACAGUUUUUUGGGGCACCGAGUGUGCAAAGAAGCUUUUGCUGCCUUGCUUGGAGUGGGGUGGAACCCUCGCCUUACAACGAUGCUCAAGGCUGUUCUGCAAAACCGUCGCUCCGCACCAGUGGACCGACGAUACAUGGCACGACCGGAGAAUGAUCCGAAGCCAGUCUACGGCGAAGUCGUCUCCUACCUCCAAAGUCUCUACGAGUCUGUGGCCGAAACCCUGCCCUUCGAGCAGGCAGACGACGAUGCUGAUGAACCAGACGUUUACCGAGUGAAUGCUACAGUUGGCGACGAGCUGAGGUACCUCCCGCCGGGGAGCAUGUAUGAUACCUGGCGGCAGUACACUGCUUCGGCUCCGACAACCUGCAGCUGGCACACCUUCCAUAAUGCAUGGACAAAAGAGUUCAAGCAUAAACUGACGUUUCGCAACAAGUACACGUUCGGGAUAUGCCCCACGUGCCUUAAGCACAAAUUGCUGCUACGACAUUUAGGCAGCGAUGCCGUUGCUCGGCAUCGCCAACGACUUGUCUAUGACAGACACCUCGCUGCCCAAUUCGCUGACCGCCGUUGCUAUUGGGCCAUGCGAGCCAGCAGCAGACUGCACCAUCGGUCAAUAACGAUGAUCGUUGACGCUAUAGAUCAGGCCAAGUUUUCGUGUCCACGGUCCCCUAUCUUCGGUCAUUCCUUCGAAAAGUAUUGCAGACCACGUCUUCACGUCUGGGGAUUGAUCUGCCACGGCUGGUGUGCACACGUGGCUGUGAGUGAUGCAGACACAAGCAAAGGUGCCUCGACGCUGGUGGACCUGGUCCUUUUCGCCCUGGAGCGACUUCGACGGAGGGGUGCACGCCUGCAAGAGUUUGAGCUCAACAUACAGCUGGACAAUACAGCCUCCUGCAACAAGAACAACACUGUCAUGGCCAUGGCCGCAACCCUGGCUUCGUUGCAGUUGGUGGCCGUGGUGCGGCUGACCUUUUUAAGGGUCGGCCACACCCAUGAGGACAUAGACCAAUGGCUGGGAGAGUUAGCGGGAUUUGUUCGCAGGAAGCUGCCUGUUUCCGAAACUCCGGAUCUACUGGUGCAAGAGCUCAAUGCUGGCUUCAUGCGAAAGACCAGGUGCAAACAGUGGAUGGCAGACUCAGCCUACACUUCACGAUUGGUGUACCUCACUGGUGCCGAUAUGCUGAAGCUACCCGGAUCCCAUGCAACAGGGUUCCUGCCACGCCGUCCGAUGCCGGAGAAGUACAAGAAGAUGAUCCACGGCCUGGCUUCAGCAAUCACCACCCACCCUUUCACCCUGCACCGGGCUGCUGCUUAUCUUCGGGGUUGGGUGGAGGGUACUCUGACAAAAGCCGCACCUCUGGACUUUCUGGAGCUUCGGUCCCCUACCAGCCCUACCGCAACGGCUGCUGUGCACGCGAGGCCUGCCGGUCGUAUGCAGGCCAUGCCCCUGGAACCUGAGCAGAGUACAGUUCGUGUGCUUGCAGCCACCUCGCAUCCUGUUGGCUCCAUGAAAAUGGUCCUGAUCAACUCGCUGGCAAAAUCUCUUCGUGAUGAUGGCAUGCAAGCCUAUGCUUCAUACCAGCAGGCCUACCGCAUGUGGUCCCUCUUGCCACCAUCGGUUCAAACGGCGAUGGAAUCCUCAGAGGCCGGCACUGCCGAGACAGCCGACGUGGCCGAAGCAGAGGUCGAUGAUAGCUCCGUGCCUUUGCAAGCCGAGUAUGAUCGAGAGCUUGGGGACCUCGACGUAACCAAAGCAUUGCAAGCUUCCGAGAGCUUGCCGUGGUGGCCGAAAGCUGUGGAACUCCUCAACAAGAUCAUGUCGGACAAGGGUGCCGCAGACUUCUUCCUCAAGGAGUUCCCGACAGCCGAGGCCAGGAAGGAGUUCGCCGAGACUCUCAAGGACGCCUUCCCGCUGCCAGCGGGGGAGUCUUUCAGCAAGGACUACAGCCCGGGGAUCAAAACGAUCCAGACAUGGCAGACUUGCUACCGUCCUCAGGGGGGGAACAAGGGCUUGAUCCCCAAUGAAUAUUUCCAGAACCACUGCAUUCUGAUCCUGCUCGAAGGAAUGAAGACGGAUGCAGCAGUCAUCCCUGGUACGGAAUACCUCGUAUUGGGUCCACUCUGCCCCCUCUAUUUCGAUGAAGCUUGGGAAACAGCCGAACUCGAGAAGAAUGCCUUCCAGGCACAGUCGGUUGGGUUCGUGAAAGGCUGGAGUCGCAGCUUGGCGAUGUGCACGGUUGCAUACAUACUUGUGCAGCUCGACUUGGUGCAGUACUACCGUGACCACCUUCCUGCCCAGUUCCGGUCCUUCUGCUACAUGAAGGGGAUGGUUCCCGCGGAGGUGGAGAGGAUCGCUGCUAACAGCAUGACACUCAGCUCGGUCAUGACGCGAGCAGCACCCAAUGCCUUCAAUUCCUUGCACCAGCUGUACAGACGUGUGAAACAUGGAGAGACGGUCGAAGACAUUGUGCAUGCAUACCAGGCACCGAAGAGUGUCAAGUCCGUUUUGGGGAUGGGCCCCGCUGAGAGCCAGGCCUUGGUGAACCUCGUGCACUUCAUCCCGAAGCAGGCCCAGGCCAUCCUGUCCAUGGCAGCCGUGGAGUUUGGAAUGAAACGAGGUGUGAUUUCUCAUGCGGGUUUGGGAUGUGCUGCUAUGAGGGUCGGCUAUGCACCCUCCGACGUUGCUGCUCCCGAAUGGAAAGAACGCCUGACUUGCACGUCGUCUUCAAUCAUUCUGUGCUGUGAACGACUAGUGGGUGACUGGAAGAAGACUGCCCCGUCCAUGAGAAAGACAAGCGGCCCCACCGAAGUCACGAAGAUGUCCAAGAUCUGUCGCUGCUGGGAGAUUGUCAUCGCUCAGCUUCGCGGCCAGUUGACCUCAGAUCAGUUUAACAAGAGUCACGCAAACUUGCACGAGGCUUUCCUCAAUGCGAGCUUCGACGACCAGCUGCAGCUGAUCACUGAGGAGUGCCCCGCUGUCGUGAACUUGAAAGACAUCCCCGACAUCGCCACCGUGUUGGAGCUGCACUCGACAGAGAUCGAGAAGGCGGCGAUCGAAAAAUCGAGGGCCUUGCAGAUCCAGGUGGAAGCCGCCACCUUUGCCAAGAUGGAAGAAGACUUAGCCCAGGACUUGCACAAGUUGGUUCGGUGGGCCAAGGAGGAGCAUGCCAGAACUUCCACACAGGCUUCUUUGGUGUUGACACAUCAGAGAAAAAGGUAUGUCAAAGGUCUGCAGGCUGUGGAGGCUCACACGGAGCAGUGGCUGAGAAUUCGGACCUGCAACAUCGCCUCGUGGCCCAUGGAGCUCGCAGACUUCCGGAAGAACCUGUUCGACAAGGUGACCGUGAGCCCGUCGAAGAGGUUGGUGCUGAUGGUGCUGGACAUGUCCCUAAGCCCAACAAAUACUGAGAUCGAUGACAUGAUCAAAACCGCUGCAAGCAUUCUUCAUGCCAGUGGUCAGAACGCACUCUUUGUGCUGCUCCCUCAGCAGUACAACAAGUCACAGUCCAUGUCGUCUGUUCUCGCGGCCCAACGACGAAUCGAAGACAAACUGAUGGCUCAGCAAGUCAACUUCGAAAGCCAUGUGAGCAUCCACUACAACAUCGAAAACAUGCAUGGUUCGGACAAAAGACGAUUGUCUACCCAGGCACGUUUCGCCGUGUCGCAGAAGGUGGAUGCUGAUGCCUGGCUCGAGUCGACUGUGGCAAGAGGAAAGCUGGAGAACAUCCCGCUACUGACGGUUCGGAAGAUGAGAAAGCUCUCCAUGCCGGGUGCCGUGAACUCUGCAGACCGAUGGGAGUUGUCGCCGCAGGACCGGCUGAUCCAAAGAGGGCCAAAAGCAACAGCAGCCAUGAUUGAGGGCAUCGUGGCCAACUCACCAGCCAACGGACGAGACACCAUGCUGACUGUCGUGGAGGCUAGGAUGUCGCCCAACAGUGCUGACUGGGCUGAGGGAUGCUGGCUGCUCCAGAAAGAGUGGGCCACCCAAACCGACAAACCCCAAAUCUCCUACCUGGGCUUCUCCAAAGAAGCCUCCCCCGCGAAACCGCACAUGCAAAGCUUGCUCAUGGAGGAGUGGUGGCCUCAGCAGCCGCACGCCGGCACGCUGGAGCCGGACAGUCGACCUACCGAGCAUCCGACACUGGCAUUGGCCACGUUUCAGGAUGGGGUCCCCUCGCUGCCGCCCAUUGUGCUGUCCAAAUUCGACGACAACGAGACCUACUCGACCAAGUGGAACACCCUGGUCACUGAGUUUCGAAAUACCGUGAAGGCCGAAGUGAUGCCCAGAAUUACUGUCGUGCCCUCUCCUACAGCAAGCAAUGCUGGCUCUGUUUCUACGACGGUGGGCCCCGACUUCAACUUCGCCCCGUUCCCGGAGCAGGCCUCCAGGGUGAUCUUCCCGAACGUGCCGAAGGCUUCCUGGCAGGAGGACAACGUGCCGCUCGGAGGCUCUGCCCAGCCGAACCCCGAUGACGUUGUCAUGUGGGACUUGUCUUCGGAUGUGGAUAAGAUUGUCGUGGAGAUCGAGGAAGGCACCCGCAAGUUUUGCACUGUCGCCGAAGCCCGUCACUAUGCUUUGACCACUCUGAACAUCCCGGACAUCGGCCUCCAGAACUAUGCAGCUUCCCCUCUAAAGGAUGGGGACAGGGAGGUGUUCAUGCGAUGCACGCUGGAGCCCUCUGCCAAUUCGUAUUUGUUCUUCACCCCGUCCAAUCUCUCAGACGAUCAAGUAGCCGAGGGCCUUCUCAAGAGGGAUGUCCUGGGUGCUGUAUUCGUCGGCUGCAUGAAGAAGCUCCUGGAGAUGGAGAAUGUGAAGAUUGUCUGGAGGUGCAUGUUCCAGACCCAGGUGCCAGCUAUGAUUAAGCCGGUUAAGCCCAAGCUCUUCCUGGCAUGCAGCACACAGCUGGAAGCAGGCUUCUUUUACAGACUCACGUAA